AUGGCACAAAUAGGGCUCUCUUGUCUAAUUCUUUUUCCUCUGUUUUUCUUCUCAUGUCCAAUUCUUUCAUCACCGUCUUCUUUGCAGACAUCGAAGGUUAAUUCGAUGAGUACGGAAGUGGAGAGGAUUAUCAAGAGUUUAAACUUAUUUCCCAGUUCUGGCGUCAACUCCGGCGACCCAUCUUCCCGUCGAUUACCCAAUGCAUUGUCAUCAUCAUUGGUCGAACGGCAAUUCCGCCUCCCAGCCAGUGGUGAUCCAAGGACUACGAUUAAGAAUUUGGGUCAUUACGCCGGCUAUUAUCGACUUCCUCACAAGAUAGAUGCAAGGAUGUUUUACUACUUCUUUGAGUCGAGAAGGGGUAUGAGAAAUGACCCAGUUGUGAUAUGGUUGAAUGGAGGACCUGGAGCCAGCAGUUCACUUGGUCUGUUUUAUGAAAACGGUCCUUACAAGAUUAUGAACCAAACUCUUAUCUGGAAUGACUUUGGUUGGGACCAGGUGUCGAACAUAAUCUAUAUCGACCAGCCCAUAGGCACCGGUUUCAGCUAUAGUUCAGAUCACUCUGAUAUUUGUACCGAUCAAAAGUGUGUUGGCAAUGACUUAAAUGACUUCUUGCAGGUAUUUUUCGAUGAACAUCCUCAAUAUUUGAGGAACGGUCUCUACAUAACAGGAGAAUCAUAUGCCGGUCACUAUAUCCCUGCCAUAACCUCUCGGAUUCGCAAUGGAAACAAAAACGGAGAUGGAGCUCACAUUAAUCUUAAGGGUAUUGCUAUUGGAAAUGGAUUGACACACCCUGCUAUUCAAUACAAGUCAGUUAUAGAUUAUGCUUCAAGUGAGAGGCUGAUCACAAAAACUAAAGUCAGACGUGUCGCCAGAUUGGUACCAAAAUGCGAGGAAGAUACAACUAGAUGCAGAGGAGGAGGAGGAAUCAGCUGUAGGGAUGCAUAUUCUUCUUGUACUGCCAUGUUCAAUCUUGUACUGAAAUAUUCUGGUUCUAAUAGAAAUUAUUACGACACUCGGAAGAAAUGUGUGGGUGAAAUGUGUUAUGAUUUAUCGUAUAUAGAAAAAAUGUUAAACAAUGCAACGGUUAGAAAUUCUCUUGGAGUUGGGAAUAUUCAGUUUAUAUCCUUCAACCGGAUUGUUUAUGAUGCGAUGAUUAAUGAUUGGAUGAGGAAUCGUGCAGUGGAAAUUCCUCCGCUUCUUGAAGAUGGAAUUAAGGUUUUGUUAUAUGCAGGAGAACGUGAUCUUAUCGUAAAUUGGCUUGGAAUCUAUAGGUGGGUUACUGCAAUGAAUUGGUCGGGUCAAAGACAAUUCAAUAAUAAAGACAUAGUUGCAUAUGUAGUCGAUCAUGCUAUGAAAGGAGAACUUAAAGAAUAUGGACCUUUGACAUUCCUUAAGGUUCAUGACGCGGGACAUAUGGUUCCCAUGGAUCAACCGAAAUUGGCAUUGAAGAUGCUGGAAAGAUGGACACAAAAUACCCCUAUGUCAAGAGAAUAA